UUUGACUGCAGUGUUUAUGCCAACGAAGUUUGGGAAUUAUGUGUAUUUAUCAAUAGUCUGUUUUUUCUCGUAAAAAGAUUGAUUUUUAUUUAAAAAGAAUGUAGAUGACAGACUAAUACCUUCAUCUGAAUUUGUUACAGUGCUUUCUUUAUGCUUUGUUAUUACAGACAUAUCAAUAUUUUCAUUAUUUAACCUAAUAAGCUGGCAUAUGUAUGCAUGCUUUCAUUGUAUUCAUAAUUAUUAAAUUUAUGUCUUCUAUAAAUGACAUUGUGUAUCACGUAACUUCUCAAGCAUUGAUAGAAUUAUAACUUCAAGUUUGAUAAUAUUAGUAACAUAUUUUGUUUAAAAUAAAUAAUAUAUUAAAACGGGGUGAAGAAAUUUAUUAUUAAAAAUGAGUGAAAAUGCACUGCUUACUGAUGUGCCAGAGAGCAACGGUGGAUCAGAACAACCAACUUACAAUGGAGAGACUGAGGAACAUACACACAAAUCACCCGAAAGUGGAGAAGACAAAACACCUGACUCUAUAUGUGAUAAUGGAGUUAAAAAAAAUAAUACUUCUGUAGUUGGAAGUAAUACUACUAAUACAACUAAUAGAGCUAAGAAAAGAAAGAAAGCUCCAAGAGAUGCUACAGCUCCCAAACAACCUUUAACUGGUUAUUUCAGGUUUUUAAAUGAUCGGAGAGAAAAAGUAAGAAGUGAAAACCCUACUCUGUCAUUUGCUGAAAUUACAAAGCUUCUUGCUUCAGAGUGGAGCACAUUGCCUGCUGAUCAAAAACAACAAUAUUUAGAUGCAGCAGAACAGGAUAAAGAACGUUAUAACCGUGAAUUUAGUGAUUAUAAACAGACAGAAGCAUAUCGAUUAUUCAGUGAAAAACAAUCUUCGGAAAAACAAGAGAGCAAAAAAGAGAGGAAUGGAACUGAUAUAAAUUCUGAACAAAAUCCUGUGAAGCUGAAUUGAGACAAUUGAGAAAAGCUACAUCAGAUUAUGAAGCUCAAAAUGCAGUGCUUCAACGACAUGUAGACAGUUUAUAUGCAGCUGUAAAUCGUUUAGAAUCAGAAACAAAUCAGCAACAUACAACUAAUCAAGCUUUACAGCGUCAUUUGGAUUCUCUUCGUUCACAGUUAGCUAAUUGUUUUGCUACAGUACUUUUGCCAGGUAGCACAAACGAAGGUGCAACGUUACAGAAUAUUGAUAAUUACGUUGAAAGACUUGAGUCAUUACUAAAUGGCAAUGUCGAACAAUCUCUACGAAAUGCUGUACUAUCUCACCUAAAAGACGCUGCGUUUGGACGUCGAUUAAUUUCCAAAUCACUUAAAUUAUGCUCCAGUUCUGGUGAUAAAAAUUGUAUUAUUUCAGUCGAUAUUGAUAAAAUCGAACGUAAAAAUUCAAAAGCAAUUUUCGAAAAUAAUUCAAAACUUACAACAUUUAUAGUAUCAGCAGUAACAGCUAAUGUUAAAAAUAAUGAAAUAAAAUUAUACAGGCCAGUUAUAGAAAAUUCUUCGACUUUACUCUUAGAAAAUUUAGAAUAA